UCUGAACCCGCGCUCCUUGGUGACGCUAGCAAGCUGGACAUUCUUGGAGUCGAGUUUCUCCUCCAUGACCUGCUUCAACGUCUUGAGAACCAGAGUCUCCGCAUCCUGGAUGGUCAACGACUGGAUUUUCCCGUCAGCACCCUCUCUAUCCUUGUAUGUAUGUUGUCAAGGAAAGCAAACCUUGUGAUACUCAUUCUGCAACUCCGCCUGCGCCCCCUCACUCCCACUCCCAAUAGCCUUGGCAUCAUACCUGUAAAACGUCCCGCUCGGCUCGGCAUGAUACAAGCUCGGCCCGUCCUCGUCAUAGCCCGCAAUCAACAACGCCACACCAAACGGUCUGGACAUGAUGCUCUCCUCUCCAUCGGCGCUCUCACCGAAGCGGAGGGCAAGAUCACAAAUGGCCUGGGUGCAGGACUCGACACGGAGGUUCUCGUUGUAGUUGAAGGCGUGGGACUGGCACUCUACGCGGGCGUGCUCGACCAUGGAGCGGGCGUCGGCUUGGAGGCCCGACAUUGCGCAGCCGAUGUGGCGGUCGAUCUCGACGAUCUUCUCGACGGAGGAGGUCUCGAGGAGGGAGGAGGUGACGCGCUUUUCGACGCCGAGGAUGACGCCGGUGGAGGUGGAGAUGCCGAUGGCGGUUGAGCCGAGUUUGAUUGCUUCGAGGGAGUAUUCUACUUGGAAGAGGCGGCCUUCGGGGGAGAAGGUGCUUUUGGGAGAGGGGGGGUUGGUUGGUUAGCUGGAUUGGUGAUGGGUUGGACUGGUAUGGCGGGGACUUUGAAGUUGGAGAGAUCGGUGAGAGAGAAGGGAAUGGGACAGAAAAGAGGCUUACUUGAUACCCCGAUCUGUAAAGACAUGUUAGCUAUAUGUGAUUUGAGGUAUGCGACUCUGCUAAGUGGCAUGGAUCGAGCUGAUGGAGGGGGACGUACCGUAUUCUGAUCUUGCCAUAAACAUCUUGGCGGUGUUGUGGGGUUGGUUGUGAUUAAGUGACCGGUGGGUGUUGGAGGGAAAGAGUCAAAAAAACAGCUCAAGCCGAAAAUAUCGUAGUUAAUGUCGUCGCUGGUUGUUGGAAAGUGAGAUACUCCCGUCUGUAGUGGAGGGGAAGCUGUAAUGGCAGUGAGCUCCCUCCAGGCACGGAGGUCUACGAAGCUCUCCACCCGCUGGCAGCCAGGCGACCAACUGUAGACGAAGGAAGGCCCCCUGUAAAUGUACCCAGGUACCUUGACCCCAGCCUUGCCCUGCCGCUGUAAACCCGCGCUAGUCCCGAUUCGGGACAGCAAAGAGCCGGCGCGUGAAUCCAUCUAUGUCCAUUGUCGCGUUUUGGGGGCUGGAAAGCUCCCGCGACUUGGCAUUGGCAGGGCAGAGGUAAUCACUAUCUUAUCACCACAUAUCUGCCGCCCAGAGGUUGUUGUUCAACAUCAUUUUGUGAUCAUCACUGCCCAGCAGCCCAAUGCCGGCACCGGCAGCCGUAAGAGGAGGACGAACACAAUGUCGUCGGGCACCACCAGGCCGCCGACAUUCCAAGACAAGAGAAGCAGACCAGACCAAGUGAGCUUUUCCCAGAGCCACAGCCAACACCAGCACAGCAAUGCCGAGUCGAGGAAACGGUCCACCUCGGUCAACCCCCGCCCCACGAGCAGACAUGUCGAGGAGCGCCGCACCGAAAAGGUGCAGGUGACGACGCGGGAGACGCUGAUGACACGGACGAGGAGCCCCGAUCGCCGCGAGGGAGCAAAGCAGCGUGCUGCUGAACCAAGGUCUCGGGAUAUGCGACAGGAUGCGCCACUCCAAGAAAAGAAAAAAAGAAAAACCCGCCCCCCAUGGGAACCAGAAGCGACCCUCCUCCCGCACACAACAGCCCCCUUAGCAUCCCGCAUAUCAAUUCCACCCCUCGCCUCCACCGCCCCCCAGACCCUCCAACCGAAACCCUUCCAUGACCUCUCCCUCGAAGCCCAAGAGGCGGUCAUCAUCGAGGACCUCCUAUUCGUCUUUAUGGGCUACGAAGGCCAAUACAUCCGUUUCGGCAAAGGCUACAAUCCCAAUGAGGAACGAGACAGGCUGUCCGGUCCAACAUGGCGCAUCCUCCCCGGCCUCGACCCCUCCUUGCAAGACCUCACCCAGUCCAUGCUGCGCAUGGCUGCUCAUUACACCGCUCUUGAGACGUUUGUCGACGUACAAUCCCGCGAAGAAUUCGGCUCCGUCAACCACGCCCUUUGCGCGUCAAUACGGAAGCUGCUGCAGGAGUAUUUGGUCAUGGUUGCGCAGUUGGAGACGCAGUUCUUGACGGAUGACUCGUUCACGUUGCAUGUGUUGAAUAUUCAUGUGCUGCCCACGAGCCAUAUGAUGCAUCAGGUUUAUGGGCUGGCGCAUGAGCUAUUGAAGAGGAAUGCGCUGCUGGAUGAUGAGUCGGAUGAGAGUAGUGACGGCGGAGAUGAUUAUGAUCAUAUUUUGGAGCAGCUACGAGAAGGGGGGGAGCUGGUGCCGGGGAACAUGACCGGCAAGAAGAUUACCAAGGGAGGGGUGGUGCUGGGGUUGAUCACCAAGAGGUUGGAGUCUAUGUCUGGUGAUCCGGCGGCCAGGGCGUUGUUGACGACGCUGCUGAGGGAUGCGAGCAAGCCGUACAUGGCUAUGCUGAACGAGUGGCUGCACCAUGGGGGGAUUAAUGACCCGCAUUCGGAGUUUUUGAUCAAGGAGCAGAGGAGUAUCAGGAGGGAGAGGCUGGAGCAGGAUUAUACUGAUGAGUAUUGGGAGAGGAGGUACACGAUCCGAGACCACGAUGUGCCGCCGCAGCUGGAGGGGGUCAAGGACAAGGUGUUGCUUGCGGGGAAAUAUCUGAAUGUAGUCAGGGAAUGCGGCGGCGUCGAUGUCAGCCUGCAGGUUAAGCACGUGCCGACUUCCUUUGACGACAAUCGGUUUCUGGACAAUGUCAACAAUGCCUAUGCGCAUGCGAAUGAGUCGCUGAUGCAGUUGCUGUUGACGACGCAUCAGCUGCCGGCACGGUUGCGGUCGCUGAAGCAUUACUUCUUUCUGGAUCCGUCGGAUUACUUUUCUUACUUUCUCGAGCUCGGGGCUAGUGAGCUGAGGAAGCCGGUCAAGUCGGUGAACACGGGGAAGUUGCAGUCGCUGUUGGAUCUGGUGCUGAGGCAGCCGGGGAGCAUUGUUGCGCUUGAUCCGUUCAAGGAGGAUGUCAAGGUGGAGAUGAACGAGAUCAACCUGACCAAGAGCCUUCAUCGGGUGGUGAAUAUCACGGGGAUAGAGCAGGGGGAGGCGCUGCAGCCUCUGACGAGCAACCAACCGGUGGAGAGCGACAAGGCGGCGAAUGGGUUUACGUCGUUGCAGAUUGAUUAUUCGGUGCCGUUUCCUGUGUCAUUGGUGGUGAGCAGGAAAACGGUGUGGCGGUAUCAGGCUCUUUUCAGGUAUCUGCUGUCGUUGCGAUAUCUGGAGUCGCAGUUGUCGACGACGUGGCAGACGCACACGAGCGGGUUUGUGUGGUGUCAUCGGUCGUCGUCGAGGGUGUUGGAGAUUUGGAAGAGGAGGGUGUGGACGUUACGAGCGAGGAUGUUGGUGUUUGUGCAACAGCUGUUGUAUUUCUGUACGGCCGAGGUCAUUGAGCCGAACUGGCAGGCUUUGAUGGCGAGGGUGAGGGAGAGGGAGAAGCCGCCUCAGCAGGAGCAGCAGCAGCAAGCGGGAGCUGGGGAGCAAAACGGCACAACACUCCCAACACCAACCACAUCCCCAAACCUCCACCACUACCCACUAAAGUCGACACAUAUCCGCCCGGGGUUGACGAGGACAGUGGAUGAGCUGAUGCAGGAUCAUGUCGAUUUCUUGGAUACGUGUCUGAAGGAGUGUAUGCUGACGAACUCCAAACUCUUGCGUAUCCACUCCAAACUAACCCAAACCUGCACCAUCUUUGCAACCUACACAAACUGGCUAUCCCGCGAGCUGGAAAAGACGGACCCCGACCUCUCGGGACAUCACAGACCGCCCAACAUGUCGGAGGAGCAGUGGCGGGUUUUCCAGUCUGUCCGCUCCCAAAAACCUACCGAUGCCUCCUUCAUGGAGGGUCAGCAGCAGCAGCAGCAGCAAGGAGAGGACAAGAUGGCGAGCUUGUUUGACUUGAUCAGGAAAUGGGAGGACAAUUUCAGCAAGCACCUGCAGAUUUUGCUGGACGCGCUGAACCACUACGCGGCUACUGAGACGGUGGUGCUUUUGAGUUUGUGCGCGAGGUUGAGCACGGCCAAUGCGGGGAGCGGCUAUACCGGACGGGGGGAGUAUGGGCAGGGUCAGGUGGAUGGGGUGGGGGUGCAGAAUGGUGGUGGUGGGAUGGAAGGGGGGGAUGUGAGGAUGGGGGGUGUAUAA